AUGAAUAUCCGAGUGGCAAGGGCGGAUGAUUUGCUAAACACGCAACAUUGCAAUUUACUAUGUCUUCCAGAGAAUUAUCAAAUGAAAUAUUAUUUUUACCAUGCCUUAUCAUGGCCGCAACUGUCGUAUGUUGCUGAAGACGAUAAGGCAACUAUGUCAUUUGAAUUUAAGGGCAACAUUGUUGGGUAUGUUUUGGCUAAAAUGGAAGAAGAAACAGAUGAUGAACCUCAUGGUCAUAUCACUUCAUUAGCAGUAAAACGUUCGUAUCGACGCUUAGGUUUAGCUCAGAAGCUCAUGGAUCAGACAGCUAGAGCGAUGAUUGAAACGUUUAAUGCAAAGUAUGUAUCAUUACAUGUCCGGGUAUCAAAUAGAGCUGCGUUGAACUUAUAUCAGAACACUUUGAAGUUUGAAAUUUCUGAUGUAGAACCAAAAUAUUACGCAGAUGGUGAAGAUGCAUACGCAAUGAAGAGGCCCUUAGUGAAGUUUGCGAAGGAAAAUAAUAUUGAACCAGCGGAUAAGAAAACAUUUUUUGCAGUGAAGGAAGAAAAAGAUCAUUCGAGAAAGCCAAAGAAUGCUCAAUAA